UCACUCAUCAACAGCUGUGAUAUUGCUGUGUUAUUGUUAUUUUACAAACUGCAUUUUGGUUUUGGAAUUUGGCAUCACAUUCGGCACUUGUUGCAUUAUAAACUAAAACAAGACAAAAACAUUGUUUUGUUAUAAAAAUUGAUGGAUCCGUGAUGUAAAUGUAGUUCUUUGUGUUCUCUUUGGAAACGCAGUUUAAAAUUAUACUGAUCCACCUCCUCUUAACAUUACCUGCACAAAAUGGGACUCGUGUUAACAACAAACAAGGAAAAACCAAUUGAAGUGGCUGAAGAAGCAGCUGAUUCAAACUCAGAAAAGAAUUUAGAUAACACAAUACCUCAUACCUCCCAUGAAAAUUACCAGUUACCCGAACCAAAUACUUCCCAAAUAAUGUUGACACGAAGAAUAACGCUAGAAAAUGAAUGCAGCUAUGAUAUACAAAGAGAAAGCCUCUCACCAGCAAAUGAAUACGUACAACGAACACGUGUUUUCACAAGAUCCGCUGAUAGGAAACAGAAACCCGAAUUGGUAAAUGAAGUUGACACAGACAAUCCUAGCAUAGAAGCAGACGAAGAGAGACUUGAUCCUUGCUACACGGAAACAAAUAUACAUGAAACAGAUAGUAUCGAAACUAGCAUAAGAGAUACAGAUGGAAGUACAUUCUUAACAGCAAUCAACGUAGAAAACCCAGCUAAAAAUGAGCAGAUAGAAGCAGAUAGUGGGAAUGCUUUGCUAAAGGAAUAUAACGCACAAGAAACAGAUAAUAAUUCUGUAAAUGAAAAUAACAUACAAAAAACAGAGAAUGAUUCUGUGAAUGAAAAUAACACACAAGAAAUAGAUAGAAACAAGUAUUACGAACCAGAAACAAAUGAAGAUUCGCUAAAUGAAAAUAACACAGAAGAAACAGAUGGUGAUAGUUCUUCUGUAAAUGAAAUUAACACACAAGAAACAUAUAGUUACUCAGAUUCGCUAGAUGAAAUUAACACACAAACGUAUAGAAAUAAGUCUUACGUAAACGAAAUAAAUGAACAAGACACAGAUAGCGAUAAUGUAUCUGUAAAUGAAACUAACAUACCAGAAACAGACGAGCCAAGUAUAACGGAAUAUUACGUAAUAAAAAUAAACGAGCCUUCUGUAAUUGAAGAUUACAUAACAGAAAUAAACGAGCCUUCCAUAACGGAAGAUUGCGUCACAGAAAUUGGUGAGCCCUUUAUAACAGAAGAUUACGUUCAAGGAAUAAACGAAAAACAUACUUUCGAAAUCGAAAUGAAUGAACUAGAAGCAUAUAUGAAUAGUCAUUGCGUAGACGGAAUUGAUAGUCCAUUUAUUAUUGCUAGUAAUGUGUUGACGAAUCCAUGCAGUUUCUUACCAAAUAAGACCAUUGUCAAAAUAAAUGGUGAUAGUUUUAUCGAAGAAGAGGAUUAUGGAGAAGAAAUGGUGCACUUUGAGCUUGUUAGAGAAUUAAUAUAUCCUAGUAGCGAUGAUGAAGAUUCAGAAGAGCCAUUCCUAGUAAUGAAGAAAACUAAACAAGGACUCAUUUUUAAUUCCACAAUCAUGUUAUCUGAAUACCAGUGGAACACAAUUGUUAUUUCUAACGGCGUGCAUUGGUGCUGUGUGUGUUCCCAACCUGUUGCACCUUUGGAACAUUUGAGGAACUACAUUCAUAAACGAAAUUUAAAAGAAAAUCAGCCAAUCAAAAAAUUUGGCAUGAGCAUCACGCGUAAGAUCAAAGAGCAAUACCACUGUGCUGUUUGCAACGAACUAUUCACACUAACUUCAGAUGACCAUUAUACCAGCGAAAGCCAUAAAGACAACCUUGACUACGCAAUCAUUAAAGGAAUAGAUAAUGAUGACGUCACCCGUUACAGGAUUGAUAAUGACGUCACGAAUACAGGUUAUGAAACCGACGUGGAGGACAGUCUUAGAAAGGCAAAAGAGAAACGGAAUAUUGUAAUAAAUAAACAAAAUAACGGAAACGUUACUAGUGAUAGCGGAAAUAUCAAAACCGGGGAUAACGGUAUUGAAAAUCGUUUGGCAGUUAGUGGUGAGUCAUACGCGACGGUGGCGAAGAAUGUUCCAAAAUUCGUAUCUGUCCCAGUGAAAGGACGUCAGCAUAAAAUCGAUUUUUACUCGUGGCACAUGGUAUUGAAUUUGAAAACGAACUUCUAUUGUAUGGCUUGUAAAGUACAAGGGUCGCUAAAUGGUUUGAAGAAACAUUGUUCGAGUAAAGGCCAUGUGUUGAGGUUGAAGUCUUGUGACAUAGUUGAGAGUAGAAAGGAUUAUAUAGUGAGGAGGGUUUGCAAUAACUUUGUCCACUGUGGACAUUGCAAUAACUUAAUAUUACAUAUCAACAUAAAAAAUCAUUUAGAAAAAAUUCUUACAAAACCUCAUGAAAAUAAAAUUGAAAACAAUACAAAUAACGAAAAUAGCUCUAUGCAAGAACUCCCUUCAAAUUCUAACGGGAAUAAGGAUAACGGAAACGAUAAUGCCAACAAAACAGAUACUCCCGUACAAAAUGUGGUUAUAAAUAACGGUUUACAUACCGGUAUCAUACCUGAUAACGAUAUCAUAGUGCAACUAUUCGGUUACCGCAUGAAAAUACCGGUAUUGUCGUAUAACCUGGUAUUUGUGUCGCAAAUCGGAUAUUUUUGCUGUAUUUGCCGUAUGACGGUAGGGGGAAACCUAAUAACACAGCAUUUAAUUGAUUAUAGACAUGUAUAUAUGUUACAAAUGAAUCCGUUUCUCAUUGAGUUUGGAGUGAACUUGUUUCGAUUAGUACCAGACGGUAUGCAUUGUACCAUAUGCAAUACUUUAAUACCUUUAACGAAAUGGAAUCUACAGAACCACAUUCAAGAGAAAAUGCAUGUGUCUUUAUUGAAUAAAGCACUCAAUAUUAACGUGAAAGUUGCGACGCAAUUCCCACUCAACAAAAGUAAUGCAUCAAAAGCCACAUCGAAACUUGAAUUGAAUCAUAAGAAAGUUGAAGUAAUAGAAAACGAAUUAAAGAAAAAUGAAAAUAAAGUUGUACUGUUGAAGGAUUCAACCAUCCAACGAUCAUUGAAAAACAAUGAAUCGCGUGAAAUUGAUGCAAAUGAAUCGAAUGAAAUUGAUAUAAAUCAGCCUAAAUUGAACGAUUCAAACAGUUCGAAUGAACUUUGUUUAGACUCAAGUCAAAUGGAAGAUUUUGAAGAUGAAGAAAAUGUUUAUUUGGCGUUAAAAAAUCAUAAUAUAACAGCGUCUAUAACGGCAUUUCAUAGUUUAGUUGCAAUGGGUGAUGGAAGGAGGUUUUGCUUCGUUUGUUCAAUGGAUGUUUUUGAUAUGAAGAGCCAUGUUAAUAGCGUGAAACAUGUUAAUAAUAUGAAUGAUUGUAAAUAUUUGGAUGAGUAUAGCAAGAAUUUGAUUCGACAGAACUCAACAGGCUAUCACUGCACAAUAUGCAAUGUUCUAGUAACAAAGAAAAAUUUGAAGAACCAUUUAAACUGGUCAAUCCACGUCGAGAGCGAUUCGUUUAAAACAAAACAAUCGGACGCCAUCUUAAAAAGGCAUAAAGUUGAAACAACCAAAGAGGUCGCAUACACGUACAAAGAAGUUAAAGUGAAAAUUCUGUUCCACUUCGAAUAUCAAAAUAGCAAAGUGACAGCGAAAAGCGCGCGAUCGCACAAAAUGGUCGCGUUCAAGAAUAAAACGUUAAAACUUCCGCGGGACUCGUGGGAUGGGAUCAUCGGGAAAAAAAAUGGCCGACGUUGUAUUAUCUGUCAAAUUGAUUUGGACGCGUGCGAUCAGUUAAAACACGUGAAUAUGGCGUCGCAUAUGGAUAAAUUGGAGAGGAAUUUUGAUGUGCACUGGCUGCCCGCUUUGAUAAGGAAGAUCAGCGAUACAGCCGUACACUGUCUGAUUUGCAACACAGAAGUACCGAAUCCAAGGAAAAACCUGCACACACAUGUCAGCGGCAAACGACAUGUGAAAAACCAAGAAAACCUUGAAGUAGUGGACGAAAAGUCGAUCAACAAAGAUGAAGACAUUUUUACACUGCAUGCUUAAAUUAUAAAAAAAGAAAUGUCACUGUCACAAAAUAGCGGGAUCUUUUUUUUCGAUUAUGGCAAUGAGCGAAGACUGUCAGCGUCAAGUUAAGAAACGUCACUUUUUGACGUGAAUCUCCAAAUAUAAUUUUCAAAGAAUUUGAAAAAAAAAAGAAAUGUCAUUUAAAAUGGCGGGAAGGGAGAAAAUUGAAGACUAGAUCUUUUAAAAGUAGUUUUGAAUGUAUUAUAAAGGUACAA